UUCACAGUGCACUCACUCUCUGACCACCUUUGGACUUCAUGUUCGAUCAUUUUCAUGAAGACAUUUGAUUUCUAAAAAUCUACCCGGGAAUAAUGUUUUUCCAAUUCAUUCUUCUCGUUGUCUCCUCGCUUACUUUUCUGUGCACCCACCAAGUGUCCAGUCAUGAUCUUAACUGUACAGAAUAUCCUGUAUUCACUCCAUCCAGGCUGGUAGUGAAGUACGGUGACCCAGCCAAUGCUACAUGUGUUGCAUGUCAGAAGGACUGCACUAAAGAUAAUUUUGACUUGGAAAAAGCUUGGGGAGAAGUCAGAAAAAAUGGAACCAUGCUGUUAUGGACCAUUGACAGACUGACUGAAUGGGACAUGGAUAUCCAGUGCUUUUAUACCACUGAUAGUGGUGAUCAGUGUAUCAGCAUGCUGGAUAUAACUACCUACCAGCCUCCAAAAAGUGUCUCCAUCAGCUUUGUAAACCACACUGGUCAGAUGUUUGAGCAUCAGCAGUACAGACUGCAGUGCAGCGUACAGGACGUAGCUCCUGUUCAGAACCUCACUGUGACCUUCUACAGAGGCUCUAAAGCACUGGGUCACCUACAGUCCAACAGUGAAGAGAAGAAAGCAGUGAACGAGACCUUCACUCUGAACAUCACCGCCAGUAAAGAUGAUGAUGGAGCCCUGUACCGGUGUGAAGCCAAGCUGGAGCUGGGACCAGAUGGACCACAGCCCCCUCCAGUGGCGAGAUCACAAACUCUCACUGCCUCAGUUUACUGGCUUCUUACAGAUCUUAACUGUACAGAAUAUCCUGUAUUCACUCCAUCCAGGCUGGUAGUGAAGCACGGUGACCCAGCCAAUGCUACAUGUGUUGCAUGUCAGAAGGACUGCACUGAAAAUCUUUUUGACCUGGAAAAAGCUUGGGGAGAAGUCAGAAAAAAUGGAACCACGCUGUUAUGGACCAUUGACAGACUGACUGAAUGGGACAUGUUUAUCAUGUGCUAUUAUAACACUGAUGAUGGUGAUCAGUGUUGUAGCAAUCUGGAGCUGACUGUAUACCUGGUUUACAAAGCUGUCUCCAUCAGCUUUGUAAACCACACUGGGCCCAUGUUGGAGCAUCAGCAGUACAGACUGCAGUGUAGCGUACAGGACGUAGCUCCUGUCCAGAACCUCACUGUGACCUUCUACAGAGGCUCUAAAGCACUGGGUCACCUACAGCCCAACAGUGAAGAGAAGAAAGCAGUGAACGAGACCUUCACUCUGAACAUCACCGCCAGUAAAGAUGAUGAUGGAGCCCUGUACCGGUGUGAAGCCAAGCUGGAGCUGGGACCAGAUGGACCACAGCCCCCUCCAGUGGAAACAACAGAAAAACUCACUGCUACAGUCUACUAUAUAGAUGAGAUGCCAAAUCCAGUUAGUAUCACAAUCACAGAAGGAGACCCUCUACACCUGAACUGCUCCCCUGUGGGAAACCCCAAGCCCACCUACACCUGGACACUGCCAUCAGACCGCUUUUCUUCCCACAGUGACAGCGUCCUCACUAUCGAUACUGCAGGCUUUGAGGAUAACGGACAGUAUAUCUGCACUGUGAGCAACGAAGCAGGGAAUGUCACCAUGGUGUUUAAUGUGGAUAUAAAAGCCAACCCCUUCAUGUGGAUAAUAAUAGCAUGUAGCUCUGUAGCUCUUCUGGUUAUCAUCGCUUUUGUGCUGUAUUUUCAUUACUAUAAACAACACCGAAAGGGAAGCUACAACCUAAAGGAUGUUUUCCGUUUCCCGGCUAGGCACAUUGCCUUGCCUCUUGUACAGCAAAACUGUGACAACCCGUGAACUGUGGACGUGACAUGUGGACAGUCUGGAGCUCUUGCUUUGACGUUAGGUGCCGUCUAAUUCUUGGAGGGAGCUCGCCAAAUUUGACAUCAUCCCUGGUUUGAUUCAGGCAAUGCUUACCUUCCUCUACUGAUGACAUCUGAUGGUGUAAUACAACAAAAAUGAUGCGAGGAAGCAACGAGUUUAACUGAAGUGACCUGCAACCUGAAUACUGAAUGGAAAAAGCUCCGUCCUCUUUUAUCAAACUUCUGCUUUCCAAGUUCCUGUCAAACAAUCAUGAACCUUUACAAUCACUUCCUGUAAAUAUGCUGACUUAAGUCAGAGGCCUUGGAUUGUACUGCUUUUACUGCACUGUCAAUGCAGUAAAAGCACAUCGAAACACUAUCAGUCACAGAUUGGCCUCUCCAGAGCUCGGCCUCCUCUAGUGCUCAGAUUAUUAAAAGAUGUCACCAACUGUGUGGAUUUAAACGUGUGUGGAAUUAAAAGGCCAACUCCUCUAGGAAACUUGGCAAACACAUCUAAGUCUGUGCGUGGACACACGCACCCUCAUCUCCUACAUUCCCAGUAAAGACAGGAGGUUUUACAGCUGGCUGCAAAUAUCAAGUGGCUGAAACAACCAGCAACUGUAGUUCUUGAUAAGCAUUAUCCAAGCUGAAACUAUUUACUCAGGAAUGUGAAAUUUAUUAGAGGAUGUU